AUGCCUAUGUCUUCCGAGGAUAGUCCAUCCGAAAGGAUGCUCACCAACGUACGAUGUCUGCAGACCAUGUUCCAGAUAUCGAUGCCGCAGCAGAAGCAGUCGUCCCCGGUAUACCAUGCGCGGCGAUCUCACAAGAAAUCUCGAAAAGGCUGCUUGACCUGCAAGGAGAGAAGAGUUAAGUGCGACGAACAGAAGCCAUACUGCCAACAAUGUCAGCGUCGGAGUAUUUCAUGUCGCUUUCUCUCAAAAACAAGUCCCUCUCGUGAGAUCUGUGUAGACAAAAAGCCGGGCUCCAGUGAUAUGAAUAUUACAUUAUUCCCUCCCCCAUCUGAGAGUGUCACGAAAAGGAUUGAAGAGACGUUGAUCCUUGACCCCAAAUGGAAUCAUUUUGUUUUAAGAAACCAAGACUACGCACGUUCUAUCAGUACAGUGGCAUUCCAGCAUUUCAUUAACUGUUCAACUGAGACGGUCGCUCAUCCCGCCAUCCGGGAUGUCAUGAAGACAGAUAUGAUACGCGUGUCGUUUUCUAAUAGCCACUUGAUGUACACUGUUCUUGGAGUUGGCAUGAUGCAUCUUAAUCGUAUGUCUCCUUUAAAAGAACGAACCUUUGCCGAGUCGCUUUUCUGGCAGCACGCUAUCCAAAAAUACCAAGAAGCACUAUUCAUGCCGGUCCGCAAGGAUAGUGUCGAUGGCCUACUAUCUACUUGCAUGUUGAUGGGCUCCAUGACAGUCUGCCCAGAGCGUUUCGUACCUACGGAUUCUUGGGUUCUCACAAAGAGGCCAAAAGACCUUAACUGGCUUUGUCUACAGAGCGGGCUUCGGCUCAUCUUAUCUCUUACCGCUCCAUAUUUACCUGGCAGCAUCUGGGCUGCCGCAUUCAAUGAAGUCAGCAAGGAAGAAUGCCAGCUCCACGACCAGAGAACUCAACAGGGACGCGUUGGUCUUGAUCCGGAUUUGGCGGAUGUCUGCGAGAUUGAUAAUUCCACGACGGAAAGGAACAGUCUUUAUUAUGCCCCUCUUCGUACUCUAACGACGCUUAUGGGACUGGAGAAGAACAGCCGUAACUCGGCUCUGUGUGCUUCAUUCAUGGGCCGAUUGGAGUGUAGCUUUCUGACUCUUCUGAAAGCCAGGGAUCCACCUGCUCUCAUCAUCCUGGCGCAUUGGAUGGGACUUAUGUGUCUUUUAUCGCAAUGGCAGCCGUGGGUGGAGGGGAGGAUCAGGGCGGAAUGUGUUGCGAUUUGCAUGUUCCUUGAGCAAAGUGCCGAUUCCAGGAUGCGACGCCUACUUCGCUUUCCAGCAGGUUCAUGUGGGUAUGGACUUGAUAAGAUCUAA